AUGUGUGCCGCCACGCUGCCACACAAUCAAUGGAUCGUGCGCUAUUCGCAGGUCGCGGCCUACGGCCACUGCGCCCUCCACUCCUACAACAGAUCCCAGUUCCCCCUCCCCUCGUCCAUCACCGUCGUGCAGGAAUUCACCGUCGGACCGGUCACCGCGUUCGCCGCUCGCACCGCCGCCGAUGACAUCGUCAUCUCUUUCGGCAUCGACGAGGAGGAGGAGCGCAGCAUGCUCCAGCACGGGGGACUGACUCAGCUCGCCUCCGUCUCACCCAAGUGGAGUGACAAGAGCAUCAACGUCAAGGUCCACACGCCCGUCGCGGAUCUGGCCCGUACCUUCAUUCAAUCUCCGGCGCUCGACGAGCUCUCCUCCUUCCUCCGCGCGCAACCCGCCGGCACCUUCGUCUUCACGGGAUUCUCCUUCGCGUGUAACGUCGCCGAGCUGGUCCACCUGUUCUACUGCAGAUUCGGGAAGAUUGGCCGCGAGCUCACCUGCGUCUUCUUCGGCCAGCCCUCCAUCGGCACGAUUAUGUACGAGACCGUUCGCGGCGCUCACCUGCGGAGGCAUUCCAAUAUCCCGAUUCAGAAAUCCAUCAGCUUCUACCGCCACGAUGACAACAUCGGUAUACUGUUUACGGGAAAGGUGCGCGGAAUCUUCUACCCCGACUUUGAUAGCGGGAGCACUGGUAUCAUCCGAAGGUCCAUGGAAUUCGACGGAAAGGUGCAUGGCUACCCCCAGCACAUCAUCUCCACCGAAAGCAAGGAGGACAUCCUUGGAGGGCACGACGUGGCCAAGUAUCACGAGUGCAUCUGUAAGAUAGAAGCUUUGGGGGAUGACCGGAUCGAUAAUAUCCCAUACGAGAACAAGUACAACGCAUGCUUCCAAUCUGCCACCACCCUCGCGCAGGAGAUCAGUGAGAAACUCCUGCUCAACCCCAAGCCGUUUGUCGAGCGCAUUUUCCCCGUACGCGAACCUACAGAGUAUUUCCUGGCCAUCAUGCAUGGUAACAAGUGCAUAGACGACGGGCUCAACGACGGAGAGACGAAAGAUAUCAUCAACAGGGCAGUCUCGCAGGACCUUACCAAGCCUUUCAUGGGACUCGAGAACAUCUCACUGAUGAAGAAAUUCAUCGACCAUGUCGUAUUCCUCAUCGAGCGCAGCAUGAAAAAGGAAUCCCUCCCCUUUCCAAGCACUGUCCACAACGUUCGCGACCUUCCGGAUUCGGACAUCAUCGCCAUCUGCACCGCCAUCGCCAUCACGCAGGACGAUCACAUAUUGAACUCCAUCUUGCACCUGCAUGUCUUUGAUAUCCGCCGCAAGGCCUGCGCCAUAAUGGCCCAUCUCCGCCUGAUAGUUGAUAUAUGCAAGUUUGCCACCAACUGGAACGUCGAGUGCAUCUGGAACCCCCACUUCCAGUUCGUCACCGACCUCGACAACUACCUGAUGUCUUUCUCCAACUGGCAAGACAACAUCAAGUACGAGCUCGACGAUUUCAAGGCAGACAAGGAUUUCUGGGAACAGCUCAAACUUUAUUCCGACGAUUCCCGCUGCCGCUACUACUUCUUCCUCUCGCAGGAGGUCUUGAGAACCGCCACCAAGUACCAGUUGCCCAUAUGUGUGCGCAACCCCCUCCUGUUUUCCGAGUCGGAGAUCGCGAUGGAGGCGCUGCCAGCCCCGCCCGCCUCCUCUGCCGAGCCGAAGGUGCGCGAGAAUCCAUUCAUCUUCACACCGAAGGACCUUCUCAAGGAGGAGACAUUCUGGGAUGACAUGAAGAACUACGCGCACGAGAACAACAUCGAUUACAGGUCGAUACACAUGCUCCGCCUCCUCUGCCGCUACAUGGACAAGCACGAUGUCGACAUCUUUGUCUACCUCCCCCCUAGCGGCAAGACCAGGGACGGGAAAGUCCAUAGAAAGCGAGGCAUGAUCUACCUCCUCCACCGCCUCUUCGAGGACAAGAGGCUGACCUGCGUCCUCUUGAUGACCUGGAUGGUGAUGGUGCUGGCGAUCUUCUCCGAGCUCGGGGUGACGGACUCGAACUUCAUGACACUAGGGCCAGGCGAGCACUCCAAGAUCAUGGGGGUGGAAAUCAACAGCUGGUACAAGUGGAACUGCGUCGCCGUCUUCACCUUCGUCUCGACCUCCAUCAACGACUUUGUCGGCGACGCCAUCUCCCCCUGGAUCCAGAACACCAUCCAGGACCACAAGACCAAGUUCCUCCCCUACUCGAAGUUCACCUGCAUCAUGAUCACGCAGAUCUGGGCGCUGUACUGCUGCGUCAUGAACGUCUUCGCGCUCUUCGUCAUGCUCUCCCAGGUCGAUUUCCUCAUCAUCCGCAUCUGCGCCGACCUCCUCGUCAACAUCUACACCAGCCUGCGGUUCAUGAAGGGCAAGGUCGUCGACCCCGAGCGCUACGCCGCCUGGAUGAGGGCCGAGGGACCGGGGCACGGCCAGUCCCACUGCUGCCACACCCCCGAGCCCGGUAUUCUCCUCUCAUCCAUUGCCGUGAGACAGGAGCACGACGAGAAAGCUGCCGAAGACAAGCAUGCCAACGAGACCGAAGAGCCCGAAAGGAGGGGGAAGAGCAUGGACCGCCUGUUGGUUGAUAUUCACAAGCACCCUUAG